AUGCAGAAAUGUGGUAAACGCGUUCGAUUGGAUAGUAGUUCUUCGGAUGAAUACACAAAUAGCAAAGGCUCGGAAAGUGAUUCAACUUUGAUGAUUAGUAAGAAUAAAAAACAGCCAGCUAAAAGCGGUGCUGGACGACCAAGGACAUCAAAAGCAUCUAAGGCUGUUUAUGCUAAUGAAAAAAUUUCAGAUGAUUCAGAAAGCGAGCAUUCAGCUCGAGAUUCUUCUCAAAGUGAUAAGGAAUAUUUGCAAAGGAAAAAUCGCAAAAAGAAAUCGGCAACUGGAAAUAAGGAAUCAUCCACAAAGAAAAACAAAAAAUUUAAAGAACAUAAUUUAUCACUUGACGAUGUAUUUGGGGCAUAUUCGAGUGACGAAAAGGAAUUCAUGGUUGUUCAUAAAUCUCCCACUGAUCUUACGAUCGGUGAUAGAUACAGUCGAAUUGAAAAAGAUCUAUAUGAUAAAAAAGAACUUGAUACGAAGGAUGAAUUGGAUAAAAUAAGUAAUAAAAGGAAAGAAAGAAACAAGCAUAUUAGCAAAAGUAAAGUGAAAAGUCAAUGUGCUAAAGAAAAAAGAGUGGAAGAUUCGUCUGGAUCGACUGUAGAAAAAGAAAGUAUUAUUAAAGAUAAAAAAAUUGAAAAUUCAAGGAAAAGAAUUAAAACUUUAGACACUGAUGACCUGUUUGGAACCGAUCCAGAUAUAGAAAGUUCUGCCAAGAAAGUCAAAAAGGGAAAAUCGCUUGUUGAAGUUUCAAUAUUUGGUGAUGAGAGUAAUUAUGAAAGAAAAUCUGGCAAAAGAAAGAGCAAUAAAUCUAAUGAUUUUGAAUCGAACGAAAGGCGUGAAAAAAAUUUGGUGAAGAAAUUGAGGAAAGAAAAAAGGAAGAGGGAAAAAUCUGCAAAUGGAUCAAAUGUACAAAUGAUGAAAGAAAGUAUCACCAGCGAAACCCACACUAAUGAACCAAAAAUUUUUGAAACAGGCGUUAGAAAUUUGGAAAAAAAUAAUUCGGCCUCUGAUAAAAUAGAAAACGUUGGUUCUGAAGAAGGCGCAGAUAAUAUUCAUGAUUAUAUCGACGCUAAUGCAUCGAAAACGGAAAAUUUUGCUAAGAAAAAACAGAAAGAUUACGAUAAACAAAAAUUGGUCGAUAAAGAAGAUAUAAUGUCUAGUUCAUCUACCUCCGACGAAAAAAUAAAAACAGAAAUACCUCAAAGACCAAUGAAAAGACAUGGUUCUCGAAAAACUAUCAAAAAAGAAAUGCAUGACCAGGUGAAUGAAAUAAUAAAACCUGAUGAUAAGAUCGAAUUUUCUGAGGACAAUGGAGAAGUUGAUCUUUUCUCCUCGAAGGCAUCCAGUCCUCAUCCAUUGACCAUUCCAAGUUGUUUGUUAGAGGAUGCUAGCAAAUGGGGUGCAGAUAGUACAGUUUCGACAACUGAUGAAGAAGACCAUUUUAAUUUCGUUGCUAAAAGGAAUAUUAAAAAUGAAAAUGCUGAACCAUUUCCGGCAGAUGAUUCGCAUCAACGCAAAAUGAUGGCGAAGGAUGGUGGUGCGAAUGGGUCGGAUGAAGAUGGAUUCCCAUCUUUUACGUCAUCGCAACUUCGAUCAGAAUUUAUGGAUAACAGCUCACCAAGCACAAGCAUUUCUAAUUCAUCAUCUCCUUCAUAUCUUGAACAUAAAACAGAUUGCUCGAAAAUGCUAUCAACCUAUUCAAAAACUCAGGUGGAAGAUGAAAAAACUGCAUUAAAUAAAAUUGACGCUCCUGAACCUAUUUUUGAUUCGUCCGUUUUCAAUGAAAAGCACAAUGGUGAACAAGGCAUGGAUGAAAAUGAUUCCAGUGAUAGUUUCGAAUUGAUUGAUGAGGGUCGAGUUGUUUCCUUGCAUGGUCGCGAUGAAAUCGAGGGAGAUAUUCACGAUGUUCAGGAGACCGAGGACGCAGUGCAGUCAAUUUCUGUUUUCGAUGAUACGGCAAGUCAUCAAAGUGCGGAUGAAGAAGGUAUUUGUGUAAGAUCCAACUAUAUGAGCGAUGGAACAUCACGUAGAAGUAGUUUAGCUGAAGCAAUAAGAACAGAAGAUACAAUUAAUGCUGUUGCUUCAGAACAGGAAGAUAGUCAGGAUGAAGAGAUACAAAAUUCUAGCACCGAAGAAGAUAAGGAGGAAAGUAGUAAAAUGAGCGAUGCUGGUGGACAUUUGGAUGAGGUAAUUGAUGAUGUUGUUGCUGGUGGUUAUAUGGAGAUUGAUGCUGAUCAGUUAAUGUUGAUAAAUUCAAAGAAAGCCAAAGAACAAGCUGAUCGUGAAGCUGCUGCAGCUGCUGCUGUAGCAUCACAACAGCAACAGCCUCAAUCAAUUUCAUCUGUAAAUUCUCAUUCUGUAGCACCAUCACUUCAAACACCUCCAGUUGGCCAGCCUUCAUCUGUUUCGGUACGCAGCGUUGGAUAUCCAAUGCAUAUGUCUCAACCCAUGAGCUGCAUGACUCAAUCACCAUAUCUAUCUGCACAUCAUACCACAACGCACCAAGAUUUGUAUUCAAAAGAAUCAAAUAAUGCGUCAUCGAUGGAAAGCAGUCAGACUCAAGGACCUUUACAGAACAUACAGGUUUCAAUACAAAAUUUGCCACAAAAUGUUCCGGAAGAAAUCCAGAGAGGACCACAGCAGCAAGUGCAGUUGGUGUCAGCUCAACAGCACGAAGGUUUCCCUCGAAUUCAUUCGGCAGAACAGACUUCAGAUCCAACGCUUGCACCUCAGUAUUCUCAGUUAGUGAUACGGCAGACCAGUCAGCCACAAUUACAGCAGCAGCAGCAUAAAACUGGCCUGUUUUAUUCUUCCAAUUACUACGCAUCUAUGAAUUCAGCUCAUCAGCAAGGAACGGCACAGGAUGCACUCCAGCGAAUUGAUACUCUGAAUCAGUCGCAUCCAUCUUAUGUUCCAGAAUCUUCGACUUCUUUAUCCAAAGCUGUUCAGUAUAAGCAAAGCCAGAUGGUUCCACGCGAUUUUUAUCCACAGUCGAACAUGAAACAACAGGUACCAAUUACUCAUCGUGCGCAAUUACAACAAGGAUCAGAUCAAGAACAAGAGCAACUGCACCAUCAACAGCAAUCAGAUAUUAUGAACCAUGGGAUCGAUUCUGUUCGGAAAUCGUAUCAAGUUAAUUCUACAACAUCUUCAAUAAGCCAAAUACAACAAACUAAUGCAGUGCAACAUCAUAUAACAAAUCAGCAUCCUGGCUUUCCUCAUGUCCAGUCAUCAUCCGCGAAUGUUUCUUCUACAGCUGUAACCACCACUGAUUCGUUGCAGCACCAGAAUCCGUUUACUCUUUCUUUACCAACUACUUCAGCCACUCCAUUUUUCCAGAAUGCUCGUAUGCAGCAACAGUACAUUCAGAUGUGUAGAAAUACACUUUUUAGUCAAGGUGGUGUUGCAUCGGAACAACCUGAUAAUAAUACGGUACAAGUUAUAAGGAAUUAUGCUGAAAUGUUUCAUGCAGCAACAAGUGCCUAUGGUGUUAAUAUGUCAAAUGCAUACAAUUCAUCCCAUGUACCUUUUGCAACGACAUCAUCUGCACUAGCACCAGAAACAACUGUUAGACAUUCUGGAAUGCCAUCUGUGCAGCAUGUUAGACCUCUGCAACAACCGCAGCAGAUGCAACAACAGCAACAACAGAUGCAGCAUCAAUCAUCUGGACAAAUGCAAACGGAUCCACGAUUUCAACACUCUAUUAAGGCACAGUUACCAAUGUCUGAACAGCAAGAGGAAAAUAUAGCUGCGGCAGUAGCGCAACAGCAGUUGAAUUCGCUUUAUAGGGCUGGCGGUUUUCCUUUAAAUUAUUCUGCAGUUGUACAUAAUCAACAAAACCCACAGCAAAAUGUAAUUCCUAAUUCUUUGCAACGACAGCAACAAGAACAAAAGCAGUUGCAUCAACAACAGUUUCACCAGCACCAAAUGCAACAACAACUUCAGCAGCAAGCCCAGCAACAUCAGUUCCAGCAAAAUCAACAAAUUCAACAUCAGCAACAAGUACAGCAACAUCCUCAACAACCACAUCAUUCACAGUCGCAGCACCAUUUGCAACACCAACAGAUACAGCAUCCAAUGCAGCAAGAAAUUACACAACCGCAUCAUAAUGUUCCAGGACCAACAAAUCAUCAGCAACAGAACUCGUAUCCAACACAAACACCCCUUUCGAAAUAUCCCUUUUUAUGGCAAGGUGUUAUCGCAUUGAAAACAAGUGAAGCCACUGUACAAAUGUAUAAAGUGCACUUAAAUUUUGAAUUCUUUUUAAAGGUGAAAGGCAAUGUAGAUAUGCUGAGACAUUCACUAAUUCAACUUGCUACAUUAAUCAAUGGUGUGCAAGUAAUUCGUAUUAAUCAACGAAUGAGGAUGGAAACUGGACAGUUAGAAAGUGUGCAAGUGAAAAUGACCGACGAACAAUCUUAUAUAGCUUUGUUAUGUCUUCCAUGUGGAAUGAACCUUGAACAUAUCAAAUCUCAAACUGAAAUAAUGAAGGAACGUUUUGUAGACUAUCUUGAAUCAAAACAAGCAGCAGGGAUUUGCAGUGUCGGUAAUGAAAAACAUCCUUCGCCGAAUAUGAUUGUUCAUAUAUUUCCUCCUUGCGAUUUUGCUACAUCAUUCCUGGAACGCAGUUCAUUCGGCCUGUUUGAUGUUGUACGACAGCAAGGAACGAAAAAUUAUCUUUUUGUUGUAAUAACCUCAGCAAGUUGA